GUUUUUUUAUUAUCACUUCACUUCUUUAAACAAGUUUUAAAUUUCUUGUUAAUUGACUGCUCGUCUCUGAUCAUGUCUUCUUUCGCACCAACAAGCGCCGAUAAAAAAUCAAUUUGCUCUGAGAGCUAUGAUAAACCCGAUGCAGUCUUCUUCCCUGGUAUUGAAAAAAUACCAUUCCAACCUGAUGCUGGACCUGCUGAAACUAUGGUGUUUAAACACUACAACCCAACAAAGGUUGUUUAUGGAAAAACAAUGGAAGAGUGGCUGAGGUUUUCUGUCUGCUUCUGGCACACAUUUCGUGGAACAGGAGCGGAUCCUUUUGGAUUUCCAACCUUAUUCCGACCAUGGGAUGACAACAGCAACACAAUAGCAAACGCUAAGCGAAGAUUAAGGGCAGCGUUCGAAUUUUUCAGCAAGCUGGGAAUAAAACACUGGUGUUUCCAUGACAGAGACAUUGCUCCUGAAGGUUCUACUUUGGAGGAAACAAAUAAAAACUUAGAUGAGCUAACAGAUCUUGCUCAGGAACUUCAGAAAAAAACCGGUGUGAAACUGCUCUGGGCUACAUGCAACUUGUUUGCGCAUCCACGGUAUAUGACUGGUGCAAGCACUAGUCCCAAUGCCCAUGUUUUUGCUUAUGCUGCUGCUCAAGUGAAAAAAGGAUUAGAAAUUGCCAAGAAGCUGGGAGCUGAAAACUUUGUAUUCUGGGGUGGACGAGAAGGAUUCCAGACAUUACUCAACACUAAUAUUCUUGCUGAACUGACACACAUGGCAAAUUUCUUCAAAAUGGCUGUUGCUUACAAGGAAAAAAUAGGCCUAAAAUGCCAGUUUCUUUUGGAGCCUAAACCUAAGGAACCAACUUCACACCAAUAUGAUUAUGAUGCCAUGACUGUGAUAGCAUUUUUGAAGCAUUUUGGAUUGGAAAAACAUUUUAAGCUCAACAUUGAACCAAAUCACACAACAUUAGCCGGACAUUGUUACGAUCAUGAUGUUGCCAUGGCUUCAUCUUUUGGUAUGCUGGGCUCAAUUGAUUCCAACACAGGAUCCCCUGAACUUGGUUGGGAUACAGAUGAAUUUCCAAUGGAUGUUAAAAACACAGCAUUUGUUAUGAAAACAGUCUUGCAGCAAGGUGGACUCCAGCCUGGAGGUCUGAACUUUGAUUGUAAAGUACGCCGAGAGUCGACACAUUUGAAUGAUAUGUUCAUUUCUCACAUUGGAGCCAUGGAUACAUUUGCUCAAGGUUUAUUAGUGGCUGCCAAAAUUCUGUCUGAUGGUGUUAUUCCCGCUGCAGUUAAGGAACGCUACAGUUCUUUCGAUUCUGGGAUUGGGAAAAAAAUCACUGAUGGUAACACAAGUUUUGAGGAAUUGGAAGAAUACAUCAUGUCACAUGGUGAGCCAACAGUCAGUUCUGGACAGCAGGAACAUUACCAAAGCAUGGUGAACCAUUAUUUGAAGAUUAAACAGUAAUAUGUUUCCAUACAAAGUGGAGCAGUUUUUUUCUCCCUGGAAUGCACUUCAAAAACAAGAAAUAAUGUUAAAUAACAAAACAAAACAAAACAGUUUCUGUUUAUCUGUAAGCAAAUGUAAACUUUAUAUGUGGUAGAAACACAGGAAAAGUUAGCAAUAACAAUAUGAAAAUAUACUGAUAAAUUUUUUUUUGUUUUUCAAAAUUUUCCUUGGAAUGUCUUUUGUGUUUAUUUCUUUUAUUAUUUGAAAUGCUUCAUCUAAACUAUAAUUUACUGAGUAAUUAGGGCUGCUAAUUGGGUAAAAAUUGUGUCGAAUUUUCUUGUUUUUUUUGUAUCUUCGCAUUUUCUGUAUUCAAUUUUUAAUAUUUUGACACCAUUUUAAGAGCAGUGGGCUGGCAGAAUAAUUAAAGCAUUGGGAAGAAUGUGUUGUAGUGUUUGUUCUGCCCUUUUACAAUCCAAGUUCAAAACCUCAUCAUGGUCGGCUUUGACUUUCAUUUCUGGGGGCAAUAAACUAAAGAGACAGGCUAGUACUGGAGUUAUGCAAUUGACUAACUUCUCCAGCUUAAAAUUGCUGACCUCCUGCCUAAAUUAAAAACAAUUUUGUGUUUUAAUCAUUAUAUUCUGAAGCAGACUUCAUGUAUUUUUAUUAAAUAUUUUUGUAAACAUAUGCAAGUAUCCUUUUGAGCUCAGAACCUUUAUUUCUCAUAUAGACCAUUUGAAUGCCAUUGAUUUACAUUACUAUUCCAAAUAUUUAAAUAUUUUUCAAAUAUAUGAAGUUUUAAUAAUAAUAAUAAUAAGAAGAAUUGGUACUUGGGUGUUAAGUAUCAUAGAAGGAAACCCUGUGAGACCUUUGACAACAGGUUGCUGUCUGCUCUUAGAGAAUUAGCUGGAGCAAGUAAAAUCAAGAGCUCUGAGAAG